GUUUAUCAAAAUAUUGAUUCCAUCGUCGGCUUCAAUGUGUGAAAUUUCGUGAACUUUUACACUUUACAUUCGACAUUACUUGCACCGAGCUUCGGAUUUAUUUCAAAUCAAUAACUUAAAGAUUCCUAGUUACCCAACUUCAUUGUCAUGUUUAACUUGUACAAGCAAAUAUUCGUUCUAGGUAUACUAUCAUUACUACAUGCAGCGUAUUCAGCAGCUCAGCAUCGUUCUUAUUUACGAAUAACGGAACAAGAAUUUGAUGGAUUGCCAUUUGAUAUAUUUUUACAAGGUGUAGUUAGCCUUUUUAUGUCAAUGUAUGGAAUAUUAUACUUGGCAGGAGAUUUUAAAGAAGUGAGAGCAAUUGAAGAAUUGGAAUGCAAGACAUGGGAAACAUUACACAACACACCGGCAUUUUAUAUAUUUAAUCACAGAGGUAAAACUCUGUUCUCUAAUAAGUUUUAAUUAAUUGGUGAAAAUCCCAGAGGCCGGGAAUAUCAUAUUUCCAGAAUCUGAAGCUGAUUAUGGUUUUAUUUAUUUUGGUAUUUAUUUAUCAUGUUGUGUACAGAACUUAAUUAAACAAUAUUAUAUUCACACUUUAUUUUUAAAUGUAUUUGCUAUUAUGAUUAAAUUAUAAUAUACUUAAAUUAAAUUGUGAAUAAUUAAAACAAAUUAAAAACCGA